UGGUCAAGGUUUCGCACAGUCUGCUUGCACCUGCAAGUCCAUAAUGGCUUACGCAUUGCGAAUUUUGGGAAGAAAUAACUUGCGCACACUGCAGAGAGCUCAGCCUACAAUGACAUGUGCGCGGAAUCUGUCACAAGAGUCCUUCGAGGUUGAACAUGAUACAAAGAAACAGGAGUUCUUUAUCAAACUCGGCAAAGAUAAGGCCGUCUUGCAGUAUGAAGUGAUUGGCCCAAAAACACUCGACCUGGUCCACACAGAAGUUCCCGAGUCUUUACGAGGCAAAGGCAUUGCCAAGCACCUAGCCAAGGCUGCUCUUGACUACGUGGCUGGGAAAGAUAUGCAAGCCAGAAUCACGUGCCCUUAUGUCGGCAACUUUGCACAAAGUGACACAGCGAAGGAGCAGUACCAAAACAGCAUUAUUAAGUGAUUUCGCCUGCUUUGAUAUAGACAUAAUAGCUUUACUGUGCUGGAAACUCUGAAGACAUUUUCACUACUCAUGAAGUGUAUUAAAUUGAAGCAAACUCUGUCACAACUUUCCUGCUGCGGAAUACUCACCCAACCUAAAAGUCCAUCCACUGUGCUUGCUUCAAAUAUAAAGAGAAUGGCAUCA